AUGUCCGACAGGAAUCUCCGCAAGGCCAACGGCCUCCUCAUGCACGUCCACGACCCAAAGUCGGGCCCCGUUCUCCCCAAGGAGGGCGAGCACAAUGUCCUCAUCACCUCCGCCCUCCCUUACGUUAACAAUGUCCCCCAUUUGGGAAACAUUAUCGGCUCGACCCUCUCCGCUGAUGUGUUCGCCCGCUACAACCGCACCAAAAACAUCCCGACCCUCUUUGUCUGCGGCACCGAUGAGUAUGGCACGGCGACCGAGACCAAGGCGCUCGAGGAGGGCAUUACUCCGCUGGAGCUCACGACCAAGUUCAACAAGCUCCACACCGAGGUGUACGAGUGGUUCGAGCUCGGCUUUGACAUGUGGGGACGCACGUCCGACCCAGCGCAGACCGAGGUCACCCAGGACAUCUACAAGCACAUCCACAAGAACGGCUUCUUCCAGCUCGAGACCAGCGACCAGACGUACUGCGAGGACGACGGCCUCUUCCUCGCCGACCGCUUUGUCGAGGGUGUCUGCCCCAACUGCGGUUACGAUGACGCCCGUGGCGACCAGUGCGACAAGUGCUCGCUCACUUUCUCCUCUCCCACUGAGCUCCUCCACCCCCGCUGCAAGCGGAAUAAGAACCACAAGAUCUCUGUUCGUCCCUCGACACACUCGUGCAUUCGCCUGAACGCGAUCCAGCCUCGCCUUGAGGAGUGGAUGCAGCACGCACGCGUCAAGGGCAAGUGGUCAUCGAACGUUGUUAUCACCGACAAGGGAGAGAUUGUCGAGCCGCGCAUGCUCGGCGAGGGUCUCCGCCCCUCGGCCGUCACCCGCGACCUCAAGUGGGGUGUGCCCGUCCCAUCGGUCGACGAUAAGGAGGAGGACGACAAGCUCAAGGACAAGGUCAUCUAUGUGUGGUUCGACGCACCCAUUGGUUACAUUUCGAUGACCAAGAGCUACACAGACAAAUGGCAGGAGUGGUGGAUGAACCCCAAGAACGUCGAGCUGUACCAGUUCAUGGGCAAGGACAACGUCUACUUCCACACUGUCCUCUUCCCCGCCAUGCUUCUCGCGGACGGCCGCCCCUGGACCAUGCUCCACAACAUCUCGUCGACCCAGUACCUCAACUACGAGGACACCAAGUUCUCCAAGUCGCGCGGCGUCGGCGUCUUCGGCAACAAUGCUGCCGAGACUGGGCAGCCUGCUUCCGCUUGGCGUUACUACCUCCUCUCGCAGCGUCCCGAGACAGGUGACACCUCGUUCCAGUGGUCCAAGUUCAUCGCGUCGAUCAACAACGAGCUGCUCAACAAUCUUGGCAACUUUGUCAACCGUGUGGUCAAGUUCACCAACGCAAAGUUCGACUCGAUCGUGCCCGGCCCGUUGGGCGCCGGCGGCAAGCCGAAGCCCUCGAGCCAGAGUGCCGAGUGGGCCAAGCUCGAUGAGGAGUUCUUCGCCGACAUCAACACCAAGCUCAAUGAGUACCGCGAGCACAUGGAUGCCACCAAGCUCCGCGGCGGUCUCUCCACCGCCAUGUCGAUCUCGCACCGCGGCAACCAGUACCUCCAGGACUCUGGUCUCGACAACGCCCUCCUCGCUAACCACCGCGAGCGCUGCGCUGAGGUCAUCUUCAACGGCAUCAACCUCGUCUACCUCCUCUCCGUCGUCUUCCAUCCCUUCAUGCCCAGCUCGUCCAGGGACAUGCUCACUCAGCUCAACGCCCCCGCUCGCAGCCUGCCCGAGGAGUUCAGCAUCGACAUCCUUCCUGGCCACAAGGUCGGCAAGGCUGCGUACCUGUUCAAGAGGAUUGAGAACCCCGAGGAACAGGAAGCCGCAUGGCAGAAACAGUUCGGCGGCUACGACGCGCCCAAGGACGAGGGAGCACCCGCUGCCGACGCCAAGCCAGCUCCUCAACCCAAGGGCGCCGUUGACCACAAGGCCAACUGGGCCAAGUCGGCUGAGAAGAAGAAGAAGGCUGCUGCGGCUGCAGAGGCGUCGAAGAGUCCAGAGGAGCGCGACCUUGAGGCCAAGCUCGAUGCCCAGAAUCUCGUCGUGAAGAACAUUCGUACUGGACGUGGAGAGGGCAACGUCGAGGACGAGACGGCCAAGGCCAAGUCGCUCAAGACGGAGCUGGCGGCGCUACGUAAGAAGCUCAAGGCGACCAAGAUCUGA